GUUCGAGUGCUUUUCGAGAUGAAGGAGACUGUUCAGUGUUGUGCGACCCCGAGCGGCGCACGAGGGCCACGAUACGAAGGCGCGGGGUGAGUGAUGCGCGCAGCGGCUCUCGGUGGCGGCGCGGCGCGCCAGUCGUAUACUCGCGCUUAUCGGGUCGGUUGCUAGUCCGGUCUCUCAUUCCAGCGUCUCUCUACACGCACUCGUAUUCUGAUUUAUUGGAUUUAUAUUUUUUGACAGUGCAAGAAUUUUAUUUGUCGUAUCAUAAUAACGACGUGAUGUGUGAAUUCGAGCUGUGCUUGUACUGUGGUGAUAUUGAGUGAACUUGCGAAAAUUUGCUUUUCGGGGAAAGUGUUUUUCUUGUGUGAGGCGCCGGUGGGACCGGCAUCGGGCGGGCGCGGGCACGUAGUGGCGGGUUUGUUGGAUGGUGCGGCGCGGGCGGGCGCCGGGGCGCGGCCGGCGGCGCCGCUAGCAAAAUGUCGAUACCCCUAGGCCGGGAGACUGUGCUCUCUACACAGUGCAUGGCGCGAGCGUUGUAUGACAAUAUAGCCGAGUCGCCCGACGAGCUGGCCUUCCGUCGUGGCGACCUCCUCACAGUAUUGGAGCAAAAUACAGGCGGUAGCGAGGGCUGGUGGCUGUGCUCACUUAGAGGCAGACAGGGAAUAUGUCCGGGAAACAGAUUAAAGGUGGUGGCAGGCGUGUUCGAUGCCACCGCAGCGAUGCAGAGGAGGCGCUCGCGUGCCCCCGCGCCUGUAGCGCACCAACCAUUACCCACACAACAGUCACCAGCAUUUACUAAAAUCGAGGAAUGUUCGCACUAUGACGUUCCACGCGCCCCUAUGCCGGUACAACGUAUUGUGAUGUAUGAUUGUCCACGAGCACAAACGGACUGGUACGACGCGCCUAGGGCUCCAAGACCGGCUAGCGCGGAUUCCGCUUGCAGCGGGACCGGCUCACUCACUUCCGCUACAUCAAGCGCAUCCGCCAACAGCGGCAGCUCUAUACAUUCGGCGGCGUCCGCCUCAAGCACAUAUGAUGUGCCGCGGUCGCGGGCCUUACCCUUACCCUGUGAUGCUGCUUUGGAAGCGUUGGAGAGAUUACAGGAAGAGGCGUCGGCGGCGGUGUCGCGGUUGCUAUCGUACGUGUGCCCGGGCUGGCGGCGGCGCGGCGCGCUGCGGCCGCGAGUGCUGGACGUGCGCGUGGCGGGCGCGCGCCUUCGGGCUGCGCUGCAUGACCUCGCCGUCUUCGCGGACGCCACGCUGGCCAACGCACACGAUGCGCAGGACAAAGGUAUCGCAGUAAAGCUACGGCCGCUGGUAAAGGCGUUAAAAGACGCCGAACGUAUUACACACGAAGCGACGAGCGCACUAGACGCCGGAGACUGGGCGCCCGAGCGACUGGAGCGUGAUCGUGAACCAACGGACGGCACGCUUGACGCACUCGAUCAACUCGUCGCUUGCGCUCGCUCGCUUACCGAGGACGUCAGACGGGCGGCUUCUUUCAUAAACGGCAAUGCAUCGCUAUUAUUCAGACGAUCCGCGACGGUGCCAGAACACGAAUGGACGGAGGAGUAUGACUAUGUACGGCUCGAAUCACGGACUGCUGUUGGUAAACGCAACGCCGAGAUCCGCGCGGCGUUACCUGACAAAUUGAGGGCUUCCUUUGAUGCUCUGCUGCGGGACGCUGACCUUGCUGGCGAGGUGAGCGCCGUAGCGGCGGCGACGCGGCUGCCAGCAGACGACCGCGCGCUGGCCGCGUUCUACGCGGCGCAAGCGGCCACGUACGGCGCGCACCUCGCCACCGCCGUCGAAGCCUUCCUCCGCACUGUUGAGAUGGGGCAGCCUCCCGACGUGUUCCUAGCGCAUGGCAAGUUCGUGGUACUGAGUGCGCAUCGCAUCGUGCACGUUGGCGACACUGUUCACAGGAGCGCGCAGCACGCUGCUCUAAAAACGAAAGCGCUUAGGUGUUCCGACACGCUAUCGGACGCGUUAGCGACGACCGUAGCCAAAACUAAGGUCGCCGCGCAGAAGUUCCCGUGCGCAAGUGCGGUCGCCGAGAUGGCGGAAUCCGCGCGGACGUUGGCUGCGCGUGCGCAGGAACUGCGGCGCGUGUUGGUGCGCGCGGCCGACCCCCCGCUGCCCCCCGCCUCGCCCCUCACGCCCGCCACCGCCGUGCCGCCCUCCGCGCCCACCACGCCCCUCACGCCCCUCACACCCCACAACUCGGGGACGCCCUCGCUAGCCACCCUUCAAAUAUAAGGUCUGGAAACGAGCGUCCCAGCGACGCGGUGGAAACCACCACUACAUCUCGCGAGUACUCGUCGCUACGGCGACGGUAAUCUUAGAAGCAACGUUUACACGUGUAGGAGUGAUGCGCUGAUGAGAUCGGCGCCGGGAGUAGAAGCUGCUCGACAACGACUGUCGUGCCGGGUCUUCCUCGCACGCCGCCGAGGUACGAAACCGAGGGGCGAGCACCGUUACCAAAGAAAUUUGACUAUUAUACGACGUACAAUACGACGUAGACUGCCUACGUAAGACGAGCUAAUACAAGUUUCUAUUUAGAUGUUACCUAUAAAUAUAUCUACGGUAUAAAACGAAGGCUGCCAUAAUUUAGAAAUCUUCAUUUUUUGAAACGAAGUUCGCAAUAGACUAGGGAGUUUUUGAUCACUGGAUGCUCAUUUGCCGUAGUGAGUUGAGUUGUCCGUCCAGUUUUAUACAAUUUUGCAACAAUGUCGUAAAUAUUUCGUAGAACGUGUAGUGUAUGUGAAUUUAUACACGCGACUUUAUUUUGUCGUGGAAUAAGUAGUUUUUUUUUAAUUUUACAUCGUCUAAUUGAUUGUCUCGAUACGCUGAGAGACGAAUGUCAUUACUUACACCUAUUUUCUAUAGUACUUAGUAUCAUUUAUUGCAUUUUAUAAGUAAUGUAUUAAACUGCUUAUACAUUCUCGUAUGGGUAUUGUUUAGAAGAAUGCCUAAAUACUGGCACUUACAAGAAAAGUAUCGGUACUAACAGUUUUAUGAAUAUAAUUCAUAUCGACAUGUUCCUUGUCUGAUUAAAUGCUCAAAAAAUAAUAUCUUAGAUAAUUUAUUGGGACACAACAAUCACUAUUCAUAUAUAGCCAGAGCCAUUUUAUAUGUUAAUUUACUGGAACUUUGUAUAGCAUAUGACGAUAUUUAAUCGUUACUACGAAUUAGUAGUAAAGAAAAAAAUAUUUUGGCUUGAUGAAUAUUAAAGAGAUUAAAUGGUGCAUGAAAUAUUUUUUAACAAUGAAAUCAAUAUAAUACCUAUUUAAGAGUAUAAAUAGUCUGUUAACAAAUAUAAUAAUAAGACAGCCAUUACAUUUGUAAGUUUCACUUACGUAAGUUUGUGACUAAAAGUUAUGAAAUUCACUUACGUUAAAUUUGUAUGCAAAGAAUUAUGAUAAGUCUUUACAAACGUAUACAUUUGUAAAUUUAUUGUAAGUUGAUUACGUAAGCUGCUUAGUGAGCAAAACUGACAGAUGUAAAGGCAGCCUAACAGAAAUUGGUGUAACGAAACGAACAUGACUGACCCGACAAAUAGCAAUAUGUGCUCAAUUACUUAUACGUUAAAGCUGAUCAUCACUUAUAUAAUACUUAUUGUGGCUUGUCAUUACUUACUGUAUGUAUGUACGUACCUACAUUUUGUACUUUAUACAAUAUAAGUAGAUAGAUGUAGGUUACUUAGAUAUUAUAUCAGUGUAAAAAGUAUGUUGUAAAUUAGUAAUGUGUAAUAUAUUCAUAAAUGUCGUAGUAGUUUAGUUAGGUAUAGACGAAAUUGUACAAAUAGUUGAAUAAUGAUUUUAAUAUUAAAAUGUAAUUUAAUCAUCUUGUAAAACGCAAUCAAUUAAAAUAUACAAAUUUUCGUAUUU